CUACUGUGUUGACACGAUGUAGGAUAGCGUUGAAAUAAUUUAAUAUUCAACUUGCAAGUCGCAAUGAGGUUUUGCGAUUAGUUCACAUGGAAAAUUAAAACAGCCUUUAAAUAAAAAUUAUACGAUUUGUAUGAACUGUAUGCGAUUGUAAAAAAAACAGUAAAUUUAUACAUAAAUUUAAAUACACGUAAAUAGAAAAUAUUUCAGACAUGCAGAAAUCUUCAGUAGUGAAUUCAUCGUUGUUGGCGGCAUCCAAAGAAGGAGACGAAUACAUUAUACAAUUGCUUAUUGAGGAUGGAUGUGAUGUUUCUGCUCGUGAUAAUGAAGGACGUAAUGCAUUGAUGUUGGCUUCUGAAAAUGGCAAUGGACGUGUUGUAGAGAUGCUAGUUAAUAGUGGAUGUGAUGUAAACGCCGUGGAUGAGUUUGAAUACAGUGCGCUAAUGUUAGCCGCACAAAAUGGCCACGAAAGUGCAGUUGGGUUGCUUAUUAAAUGUGGCUGUGAAGUGAAUGCUGUAAAAAGUGAUGGGUGGAACGCAUUAAUGUUAGCCUCUUAUUUUGGACAUGAAAAAACUGCCCAAGUUUUAAUUGAAAAUGGAGGUGACAUGACAGCUGUUCAAAAUGAUGGUUUCAAUGCAGUCAUCCUUGCACUGAAAAAUGGGCAUGAAAAUGUUGUUAAUGCAUUUGUUGAAAACGGGUAUGACAUAAAUGCUGUUCAAACUGACGGAUGGAAUCCAUUAGUGCAAGCUUCUCAAAAUGGCGAUGAAAAAAUGGUGGAGUUGCUGAUGAAAUGCGGAUGUGACAUCAACGCUGUUCAAAGCGAUGGAUGGAAUGCAUUAAUGUUAGCCGCUCAAAAUGGACACGAACGAAUUGUUUCGUUUCUUUUGAAAUGCGGAUGUGACAUCAACGCUGUUCAAAGCGAUGGAUGGAGUGCAUUAAUGUUAGCCGCUCAUAAUGGAUACAACAGCAGUAUAAAACUGCUAAUUGAUAGUGGGUGUGACAUGUAUUGUUUUAAUAAAGAUUCAGAAGAUGCGUUAAUGAUAGCGUUUAAAGCGGGAAACGACGAAACUGUGGAAAUGUUAAUAAGAAGUGGAUUUAGUAAACGAAUAGGAGCUCUCAUGUGGGCUUCGGGAAAUGGACAUGAGAAAGUAAUUAUGCAACUAAUUAAAAACGGAUGCGAUGUUAAUGCCCUUUAUAAAAACGACACUGCUUUAAUGAUGGCAUCAGUAAAUGGACAUACCGAGGUUGUAAAAUUGUUAAUUCAGAGUGGAUGUAAUUUAAAUGCUAUUAAUAAAUAUACGUCAUUAGAGCUAUCCAUUGAGGCAGGUUAUGAAACUGUUAGUGAGCAAUUAAUAAAAAGUGGAUGUAAUUUAAAUGCAAUUAAUUUUUGUGGAGAAACAGCUUUGCUGUUGGCCUGUCAAUAUGAUCAGGAAAAAACUGUAGAGCUGCUAAUUAAUCAUGGAGGUGAUGUUAAUGCUGUUGAUUAUUUAGGAAAUAAUGCAUUAAUGGUUACCGACAACAAUAAAAUUUUAGAGUUUUUAAUCAAAAGUGGAUCUGAUAUAUGUGCUGUUAAUAAAAAAGGAUGGAAUGCUUUAAUGUUAGCCUCUUCAAGUGGAUCGGAAGAAAAAGUUAAGUUAUUGCUUAAGAAUAAAUGUGACGUAAAUGCUUUAAAUAAAGACGGAUGUAAUGCGUUAAUGUUAGCAUCUCAAUCUGAAUCUGGAAAUGAACAAACAUUACAGCUGUUGAUUAAAAGUGGAUGUGAUGUCAAUAACGUUUCCAAAAGACAAUACAAUGCCUUAAUGCUGGCAUCAGAAAAAGGUCACACAAAAUAUGUAGAGCUUCUGAUCCAAAAUGGAUGUGAUAUUAACCUAGUUAACAAAAAUGGUUACAAUGCAAUAAUGUUAGCGUUACUGAAUGGGCAUUUAGAUACCGUGUCGUUACUUUAUGAAAAUGGGUGUGACUUACAUAUCAUGGACUGUAACGGAUUCAAUGCAUUAAUGUUAGCAUCUAAGCAGGGGCACGUAGAACGUGUUGAAUUUCUCCUCAAAAUGGGAUGUGAUGUAAAUGCAGUUAACGCGGUUGGAUCUAACGCAGUAAUAGUAGCUUUAGAAAAAGGUCAUAAACAAAUUGGGGAACUAUUGAUUAAAAAUGGGUGUGAUAUCAACAUCAGGAAAUGGAAUGAAUACACAGUGUUAAUGUUAGCAUCUCAGAAAGGACAUAGAAAUAUUGUAGAGAUGUUAAUUAAAAGUCAGUGUGACGUUAAUCUGGGUAAGAGUGACGGGCACAACGCGUUAAUGUUAGCCUCUAAAGAAGGACAUGACGAUAUAGCAAGUUUACUCAUUCAAAGCGGAUGUAGCGUCAACAGAGUUACAAAAGACGGAUACAACGCAGUUAUGUUAGCCUCGGCGAAAGGACACACAUCAACUAUAGAACUGCUAGUUAAAUACAUAUGUGAUGUUACUGUCACGGAGAAGAACGGGCACAAUGCAUUGAUGUUAGCAUCUAAAUAUGGACAUUCAAAAGCUGUGGAUGUACUCAUUAAAAGUGGCUGUGACGUCAAUUCUGUAAAUAAAUAUGGAAGCAAUUCCUUAAUGUUGGCCGCACAGAAUGGACACCAUUCGACCGUUGAGCUGCUAAUAAAAUGUGGAUGUCAUGUUAACACUUUGGAUAAAAAUGGAAAAAAUGCCUCAUGGAAAGUGUUACAAAAUAGAGAUGUCCUUUUCCCAAAGAAACUUAAAACAAUAACUCUGCUAUUGAAAAAUGGUUUAGAUGUUAAUCUGAUACCGAAAAAUGAUUUUUAUCAGCUGUGUGGUUCUAGUCUCAAUUUCGUCAACAAGAAACAGCAAAACGAAAAUAGUGCAGAGAAACACCACAUUUUAGAAUAUAAGGAUCUUAUUGAUCUACUUUGUCACUUGGAAAAAUGUGCGGAUCCAGCGCUGAGUAAAACGAUAACCUGCAUCUUCUGGCACAUUAAAAAAAGUUUAAUUUCUUUGCAACGUGACAUAGAUUCGUUUUUAUCGCCGUCUUUACCGCGUAGAUGGAGAUCUGAACAGCCGUUUGCAUUAGGCGCCUUUGGACAAGUCAGUCUACUGAUAGAUGAGGACAACCCACACGAGAAGAAAUUUGUCAUUAAAACCUUGAACGUUGAUGCAGCUACAAAAGAUAAGCAUGAUAAAGUUAUGGAGCUGCGAGUUUUAUUGCAGCUUGAGCAUGAACGAAUCGUUCCGUUUUAUGGCUUUAUUUUUGAAGGAAAUAUUUUGAGCUUAAUAUUUGGAUACAUGAAGAAAGAUACUCUCACUGCUUUCAUAUGUCAAAGCUCUCCGUUACAUGAAGAUAAAAUCAAACGUUUAACGAGGCAAAUAUUGGAAGGCCUUUCUUACCUACAUAAUUGUAAACCGAAGAUCAUACACAGGGAUAUCAAAGGGUCGAACAUUUUGCUUGAAGAUGAAAAGAACAUAAGACUUGCAGACUUUGGGCUGUCUAGGCUGAUCACAAUGUCAAGUGUUGCGAAAACAGCAGCUGUGGGAACCCACAAGUGGAUGGCGCCAGAAUUGUUCAGCGUAGACAAUCAACCCUAUGAUGAAAAAGUUGACAUAUGGAGUACAGGCUGUACCGUGGUAGAGAUGGCAACAACAAAGCCGCCAUUCCCAAAACUGGAGAGUCAUCAGGUUAUUAUUUGCCUAAGUCUAAGGAGAAUGGAACCAGAAUAUGACUUACCGGAAAGUUCAUCAGAAAAACUCAAAUUGUUUUUAAAAUCUAUUUUUAAAUUUGAUCCCAGCGAACGACCAUCAGCGGAUGAGCUUUUAGAGAAAAGUGAAUUUCUAAACUAAUCAAGACACUGCAUAUUUCUUGGAGUGCUGUUUUGUUUAAAAUAUGUGCGUUCUCUAUAAUGUCUAUAAGCACUCGCGAUUGGUUGUGCAUUAUUUCUAUCUGUUCCUGACGUGCUAAUUUGCAUCGAUAAAAUAUUUUAUAUAGGUGUUUUCAUUGUAUUAAAAUUGAACUCUAUUUAAACCUUCAGUUUACCGUUUAUUGUGUAACAAUAAUCAAUCGAAAAGGCAUGCUAUUUUUACAUUUUUUUAAUAAGCCAUUAUUCUAUUAACCUGAUACCUAAUAAUGCUGUUAUUCCUAUAGAUUAAAUUGUUUUACGAAAUGUUCAUGUACAUUGUAACAACAUCUGGCAAGUGCGAUUAACGUGUACCCAUAUAAUUAGGUUUUUAUCUAAAUAAUAAACUAAUCAGUGGCGUAGCUAGAAUUUUCCGGUCCCUAUGCAAAAUUUUAAUAGUGGGCCCCUUCGUCAGCCGCUAUGUUACGACGUAGCUAUAAACAUUUGGGCUACGAAGAAAAAGACUGCCACUUACGAUGGAGGGUUUUAAAAUUAUUAUAUUAACCGGUACAUUUUGUAUUGUAU